GGGGGAGGGGAGAGAGCUACGGAAGGAGCCGAUGUUUGCCGAAGGGAGAGACUGAAGGGCGUUGGGCUCGGCGAAGGCAGCCGAUGUUUCCCGAAGGCAGAGUCGCCCGAGAGCAAAGGGGACAGAGGGGACGGAGCGCGUCGGAAAGAGCCGAAAAGAGCCGACGUUAACCGAGCGCGGCGUCGCCCGAGUUUCCCGGAUGUAGUUGGAGGAGCGGCGGCGGCGGCGGUGGCGGCGGGCGCAGCGGGGGGAGGAGGCGGCAGCGGCGGCGGCAGCGGCGGCGGAGUUCGUGCUCCCGGAGGGUCUCAGCGGGCGCGGGGCCGAGUUGCUGGCGUCUCCCCUCUCGCUGUGUGCGGAGGAGAUGGGCCCGUGAGCGCUGCUCCCAGCCGAGCUGCCUGAGCCGCCCCCUCCCUCCCUUCCCCCCUCCCUGCCCCCGGUCGGCGGCGAGGCGGAGCGCUGCCUCCCCCUCCUCCCCCCUCGGCGCCUGUGGCCCGGCCGUGGCCGUCCCCUCCUGGUCCCCUCACACUCACACACACAGGCCGGGCAUUGAUGGUAAUGUAUGCGAGGAAACAGCAGAGACUCAGUGAUGGCUGUCACGACCGCAGGGGGGACUCGCAGCCCUACCAGACUCUUAAAUACUCAUCCAAGGGUCACCCCAGUGGUGGUGAUCACCGUCAUGACAAGAUGCGAGACACCACAGAUCCUUCGCCACCAAAUAAAAUGUUGCGGCGAUCUGAUAGCCCUGAAAACAAAUAUGGUGACAACACAGGGCACACUAAAGCAAAAAGUGUGCAUGCUCACAGAGUUAGAGAGAGGGAUGGUGGGACCAGUUACUCUCCACAAGAAAAUUCACAUAACCACAGUGCUCUUCAUAGUUCAAAUUCACAUUCUUCUAAUCCCAGCAAUAAUCCAAGCAAGACUUCUGAUGCGGCUUAUGAUUCUGCGGAUGACUGGUCUGAACACAUCAGCUCUUCAGGCAAAAAGUACUACUACAACUGCCGAACAGAAGUUUCACAAUGGGAAAAACCAAAAGAGUGGCUGGAAAGAGAGCAGAGACAAAAAGAAGCAAGCAAAAUGUCAGUUAACAGUUUCCCAAAAGAUAGAGAUUACAGAAGAGAGGUGAUGCAGGCGACAGCUGCCAGUGGGUUUGCCGGUGGAAUGGAAGACAAGCAUUCCAGUGACGCCAGUAGUAUGCUCCCACAGAAUAUUUUAUCUCAAACAAGCAGGCACAAUGACAGAGACUACAGACUGCCAAGAGCAGAGACUCACAGUAGUUCUACUCCAGUACAGCAUCCCAUCAAACCAGUGGUUCAUCCAACUGCUACCCCAAGCACUGUUCCUCCUAGUCCAUUUUCUCUACAAUCUGAUCACCAGCCAAAGAAAUCCUUUGAUGCUAAUGGAGCAUCUACUUUAUCAAAACUGCCUACAUCCACAUCUUCCAUCCCUUCACAGAAAACAGAGAGAAAAGAGUCUGCAUCUCUGGACAAGUCUAUAUCUCAUUCUUGCACAACCCCUUCCACAUCUUCUGCUUCUGGACUGAAUCCAGCUUCUGCACCUGCUUCAUCUGCUCCCACAGUCCCUGUCUCACCUGUCCCGCAGUCACCAAUUCCUCCAUUACUUCAGGACCCAAAUCUCCUUCGACAGCUGCUGCCUGCUCUGCAAGCCACAUUGCAGCUUAAUAAUUCUAGCGUAGAUAUAUCCAAAAUCAAUGAAGUUCUUACAGCAGCUGUGACACAAGCCUCUCUGCAGUCUAUACUCCAUAAAAUUCUCACUGCUGGACCAUCUGCUUUCAAUAUUACUUCCCUAAUUUCUCAAGCUGCACAAUUGUCUACACAAGCUCAGACAUCUAAUCAGUCUCCAAUGUCUUUAACAUCUGAUGCCUCAUCGCCAAGAUCAUACGUAUCUCCAAGAAUAAGCACGCCUCAGACUAACACCGUUCCUCUUAAACCUUUGAUGACUACACCACCAGUAUCAUCACAGCAGAAGGUUACUACUCCAGGUGUUAAACAAGGACCAGCUUCACAGUCAGCACCUCAGCAACCAGUAAUAGCUGACAAGCAGGCAGGUCAUGAGCCUGCCUCUCCUCGAAGUCUUCAGCGCUCAAGUAGUCAAAGAAGCCCGUCACCAGGUCCAAAUCAUACCUCCAGCACUAGUGCAUCAAAUUCAACGUCUGCGCCACAGAAUACAUCUGUACGACCUACUUGUUCGUUAACACCUACACUAGCAGCACACUUCAAUGAAAACCUUAUAAAGCAUGUUCAAGGCUGGCCUGCAGACCAUGCAGAAAAGCAAGCAUCAAGAUUACGUGAGGAAGCCCAUAACAUGGGAAGUGUUCACAUGUCAGAAAUUUGUACUGAAUUAAAGAAUUUAAGAUCUUUAGUUCGAGUAUGUGAAAUUCAAGCAACUUUGCGUGAGCAAAGGAUACUAUUUUUGAGACAACAAAUUAAAGAACUUGAAAAGCUAAAGAAUCAGAAUUCCUUCAUGGUGUGAAAAGUUGUGAACAAUUGCACAUGGUUUUGAGUACAGGAACUGUUAAACUGAUGCCCAGUCUUAACACUUUUGAGCUGCAUUUGAGU